AUGUCGUCUGAUGGAGAAUCAACUCAGCCUUUCAGCGACUCUUCCGAGAUGCAACGACGCCUGGACCGAAUCGCAGCUGAAUACCAGAAAACAGGAGAACGAAGCGGCGUUGUACAGCCAAGAUUGUCGGCGCCUGACGAGGACCACCUGGGACGAACUUGCGGGCUAAAGGCCGAAGAAAGAGCAACACAAGCGGCCGCCAGCGUGACGGUCGCUGAAUUAACCGAAGCUCUUACUAGUGCUACACUCGCUUCGGCACCGGACGCCUGGCUUGUUCUCGCUUGCCCCCACUGGCCGAGAGGCGCCGAUCCAGCAAGUGUCCGGCUUGCAGAAAGUGCUGACGGUUGGGACGUGGUGGGUGUAGUGCAACGCACACACGAUGUGAACUUCACUAUUUGUCUCCCCUUCUACGACGACCCUUACGAGCUGCCCUCGCGACGGGCCAUACCUCACUACCUCCGUUGCAUACUGUACUAUGAACCUGCCAACGACGACUGCGUGUUGCUCAACCAAUCCCUCACAGACAUCUACCUGAUUCGUCUGGGUUCGACAAUGUGUCGCGCGCGCAUGUCAUACGAUCAAACUCAAAUCAUCUGGCCUGGUCUGUGGAGUAUUCUAGCCGUCGGUAGCAACAAUAUUGCAGAGCAGCACCUGGUCGAUAUUUUGAUCCUUCGAAGACGAUUCUCCGUCUCUAUACACAAGGCUCCGGCCGAAUCGCGGACAUCUACCAAACGCGCGGCUAGCGACAAAGAGGAAGCAAACGCCAAACGCCAAAAGAGAAAUGGGGACGUGACAGAUAUUAUCCUGGCCUCGACAGCGACUCCCGCUCAGAUCCCUAUCGCUAGGGCUCCCGGAGCUAGCAUACCGCUGAAACUGAUCCCCAAGUCCGCUAAGUGCAUCGUCCGCACCAGAGGUACACCACUUCUAGACCUUGCAGAUGGGGAAUCAGCGACCGUUGUGGUUGCACAACCCACUACUGCUAGCACUGCGAGCGCUUUUCCGCUGCCGGACCCAGUUGGCGAAGAAAGGAUCGUAUCGCUUCAGGCCUUUGACGGCCGUCUCCUCGCAAUGUACGAAGAGCACCUUCCCCCGUCACUUAGCCGCGGCAUCAACUCUCCCUUUUCGGCUGCGGGCGCCUACGCGAUUCUCCGUGAUAUGUCGUCCGCCUUGACAUAUCUGUCGUCUCGACAGGUCCCGGUGAUCCAUAACAACAUCAAACCAGCCAACAUCGCCUACUCUCCCCAACGAGGCGCUGUCCUACUUGAUUUCGGUUUGGCUAUGUACAGCCGAGAAAAGCAUUCAACAGGUGGCACGCCGUGGUAUGUUCCUCCAGACCUUAUCACCGAAGGGACGCGUGGCGCACCAGGCGACAUAUGGGCUUUAGGCGUCACGAUGCUCUACGUGGUGGGAAAGAUCAGCCUUCCUGAAAAGACAAGAAAGAGCUGGCUAAUCAGGGAUCUGAAAUCCCGAGAUAACGUAGCCCUGAGGUACAUGAUGGAUUGGCUUGGCUUUGUCUCUCGCGCUAGGGAAGGUUUGAGUCGUAAUGAUGAGAUUGAAGGCCUCGUCUAUCGGAUGUUAGAGCCUAAAAGCAAGCUUCGAAUCCAAGCUGGGCAGAGUGCUGUCGAGUUCCGCCAGACACCUUGA